GUCUUAGCCUCUUAGCCUUAGGCUUAGCAUAGCACCACCGAAUUUUACUCUCCGUUGAAAUCUCCCAACAUUUUCCCUUCCUUUUCCACACCACAGUCAAACACACACUCUUUCUUUCUCUCACGACAAUUCUCCCUGAUUUCUCGCACUUUCUUUUCCCUCUUAUUCCCAUUGACUCAACAAACUGAGAGCGACGGUUACACACAGCGAUGGAUUUUGCUGAAGGCAUCGGAGAGAGCAACUCGCCUCCACGCGCCGCCUUCGCCGGCUACACCAACUCCGAUGUCAAGAACGACGUCUUCAACCGCUUGCUCCAAACCGGUCACGACCAAGCCGUCUCCAAUCCCGAGUUUCGUCAACAGUUGGAAGCUCACUUCAAUCGCUUGCCUCCAAGUUAUGGACUUGAUGUGAAUAUUGAUAAAGCUGAAGAUGUGUUGUUGCAUCAGAACCUUCUUGCUCAGGCAAGAGACCCGGACAAACGCCCUGUCUACCAUAUACGCUUCUUGGAGAAUAUUUCUACUAGAUCAGAUGAUGAGGAUCAACAAAUUGUAAAUAGUCAUCCUAGCUCUUCCAAUUCAAUAAAUGGUGGAGCUGCGUCAUCUCAUCAGAGUACAACCAGGGAUCUUGCAACUGAGUUUGAGCCUUGCUCGAAGCUUGAGGACCUAAAUUUGGAUGUCAUAAAGAACUCCAAGGAGACAGAGGAAAAAUUUCUUACCGACAACUUUUCCCAGAGCCAUGAACAUUCAAGUGUCCCAGUUCACGAAAUAAUAUUUUCCUCUGUUGACAGGCCUAAGCUUUUAAGCCAGCUGUCUGCAUUGCUGUCUGAUAUUGGGCUCAACAUCCGUGAAGCACAUGUAUUUUGCACAACUGAUGGCUACUCCCUUGAUGUUUUUGUGGUAGAUGGAUGGCCAGUAGAGGAAACAGGUGGUUUGUAUGAUGCUAUGGAAAAGGCUGUAGCAAGAAGUGAGGGAUCAUGGUCUCGUUAUUCAGAUUCUCAUUCAGCUGUUGAGAAAGCCUCAGCUUCAGAAGGAAAAUCUGGAGAUUGGGAAAUAGACAGGAGAUUGCUAAAGAUAGGAGAAAGAAUAGCAUCUGGAUCCUAUGGGGAUUUGUAUCGUGGAGUUUAUCUAGGUGAAGAGGUUGCUGUUAAGGUUCUGAGAAAUGAGCAACUGAAUGAUUCCUUAGAGGAUGAGUUUGCUCAAGAAGUGGCAAUUCUGAGCAGGCAGGUGCAUCAUGAAAAUGUUGUUCGUUUCAUUGGGGCAUGCACAAAGUGUCCACAUUUGUGCAUAGUAACAGAGUAUAUGCCUGGUGGAAGUCUGUAUGAUUACUUGCACAAAAAUCAUAAUGUUUUGGAGCUGUCUCAAUUACUCAAGUUUGCACUUGAUGUCUGCAAGGGUAUGGAGUAUUUGCAUGCAAACAACAUAAUUCACAGGGAUCUGAAGACAGCCAAUUUGCUGAUGGAUACACACAGUGUUGUUAAAGUGGCAGAUUUUGGAGUUGCUCGAUUCCUAACUCAGGGGGGAGUGAUGACAGCCGAAACUGGAACUUAUAGGUGGAUGGCACCAGAGUAUCUUACUGCUAUUGGAUUUUCUCACAAGGUUAUAAACCAUCAGCCCUAUGAUCAGAAAGCAGAUGUUUUCAGUUUUUCCAUAGUACUGUGGGAACUAGUGACAGCAAAGGUGCCAUAUGAUACCAUGACUCCUCUACAAGCUGCAUUGGGUGUGAGACAGGGACUGCGACCUGAACUUCCAAAGCAUGGGCACCCUAAACUAUUAGAUUUGAUGCAAAGAUGUUGGGAAGGAAUUCCAAGCGACCGGCCAUCCUUUAAUGAGAUCAGAGUUGAGCUUGAAAGUCUUUUGCAAACAGAGUUGCAGAAUGAUUCAGAAACUAAUGGUCCUUGACAUUUUCAUCACAAACUACUAGAUGACUAGAUCCCAGUUGUUUUCAGGCAGUUGGGGUGAGAUCAGCUCUUUCUCCCCUUCCUGCUUUGGCUAUUCAAGUAGUUGUAGAGUUUUACUCGUUCCCUUCCUUUUUGCACCGACGGAAAAAGGUGUUCACAGAAGCUGACCAAUACAAAAUGAGAAAAUGUAAAGAGGCAUACUAGUGUUCAAAUAUAUAUCCUUGCAAAAUCACGUCAAACUUCACUGUGAAAAAGUUGUUUUUGUAAGAACUCAUUCCACGCUGCUAUCAAUGUGUUCUUUCAAUUUACUUAAAAUCAAUUAAAAUGUUAAGUGUAUAUAGUGAGGGUGCUAUUCUGUUGAGCAUGAAUGUUUCAUACUGUAUAUUAAUGUCAGGUAUGGAGUGAUGAGCUCAGGUAUCUAAACUUAGCUUAAUGCAAA